AUGGAGUCCAUGCUGAAGAUGUUUGCGUUCUUGUUGCUGUGCUGCCUUUGCAGUGGAGAAGCAGGCGGCGCCGCCAGCUGCCCUUUGUCGAGCAUCGUGGUGACCCAGUCCGGCACGGGAGGCUGGGCGCACGGGCAGCCGGUGUACGCGGUGGCCGUGCGCAACACGUGCAGCUGCGCCCAGUCCGACGUCCGGGUGGCCUGCGGCGGGUUCGUCACCACCCUGGCCGUCGACCCGUCCAAGCUCAUGCCUAUCGGUGGCGGGCUCUGCCUCGUCAAUGGUGGCGGCGCGCUCGUGCGGGGCCGCGACGUAACCUUCAGCUAUGCCUCGGAGAAGCAGUUCGGGUUCGGGCCGGUUUCGUCCACGGUGGCAUGCUAG